AGUAGAUGCAUGGGAAGUAGCUCCUCGUUUCUUGGACUUACUUGCAAACACUGGUGUGCAGUUUCUCCAAGAUAGGGUAAAAGUUUUGCAUCCCGCUGAUCACUUUGGAACAGUUGAGUCCAGAGGAUAUGGUUGUGGAGGAACAGUGCUGCUUGAAAGUGGCUUCCUCAUUGAGUAUGACUGCCAGGUUGGUUCUUGCUUUAGGAGCUGAAGCUAAACUUGAUGUUGUUCCUGGCGCUGUAGAGUUUGCUUUACCGUUCUCCACUUUAGAGGAUGCAUGUAAGGUUGACAAAAAAUUGAGAGAAUUGGAACGGAGGAACUUCAGUAAGGACUCCCUAAUUCGGGUUGCUGUUGUUGGCUGUGGUUACUCUGGUGUUGAGUUGGCUGCCACGAUAUCAGAGAGAUUGCAGGAUAGGGGGAUAGUUCAGGCUAUCAAUGUGGAAACCACGAUAUUAUCAACUGCCCCACCUGGAAAUAGGGAAGCUGCCAUGAAAGUUCUUUCGUCGAGGAAAGUUCAACUAUUCUUGGGAUAUCUUGUACGAUGCAUAAGGAGAGUAAGUGACUCUGAAGAUUCAGCAAAAGAAAUAGAUGGAGAUGCAGUUCAAAAUGCUGCAGCAGAGGAUUGUCAUGAGAAAUAUGUAUUGGAACUUCAGCCUGCUGAAAGAGGAUUGGAGAUUCAGAUUCUUGAAGCAGACAUUGUAUUAUGGACCGUAGGGUCAAAGCCUCUUCUUCCUCAACUAGAAUUCUGCGAAAUGCCCUAUGAUGUUCCCUUGAAUGCAAGGGGACAAGCAGAAACAGAUGAAACUCUGCGUGUUAAGGGCCAUCCACGUAUUUUUGCACUGGGUGACUCUUCUGCCCUAAGGGACUCAAGUGGAAGGCUUCUUCCAGCAACAGCUCAGGUUGCCUUUCAACAAGCAGACUUUACUGGGUGGAAUCUGUGGGCAGCAAUCAAUGACCGGCCUUUGCUGCCAUUUAGGUUUCAGAAUCUAGGUGAGAUGAUGACUCUGGGAAGAAACGAUGCUGCUCUUUCACCAAGUUUCAUUGAGGGGCUAACAUUAGAGGGUCCUAUUGGUCAUACAGCGAGAAAAAUAGCAUAUUUAUUCAGGUUACCAACAGAUGAACACCGUCUUAAGGUAGGAAUUAGCUGGCUUACGAAAUCCACGAUAGAUUCAGUUGCAUCUCUGCAGAGCACCCUAACCAAGGUCUUUUCUGGGUCGUAAGCAUUUAUUAUCUCAUCUACCUUCUUAUAUUGUUAUGAUAGUUUUACCGAGUUGUUUCAGUUUGGUAAAGAAAUUCUACCGAUCGGUAUGCAUAAAAUCCGAUCAUCAAUUCGUCUUUCUGAAAACUAGAUUUGAGGUCUUUAUAUAUGAUUAAUCAGCUAUAAAAACAUUUGAUUGGGGGCUGAAUGUGCAUUUUGUAUACAAUAGUAAUUAUUAAUAAAUAACAAUGAAGAGAUAAAAGUAGUAGUUUUACUUUUACAAGCCUUGUUGGACCAUUAGGUAACUUUUUCUUUCUACCCUUUUAACUUAGUUAGGAUUUAGGCUCACCUAAGUUUUGAAGAAAUAAUGAAACUUAUUCCCCUGUUUGUUCGGUACUGUAUUUAGUUUAAGUUGUUCAUCAAACUUAAAACUUUUUCAUCUAAUUUUACUACAUUUUGACUG